GUCCGAGCUUGUCUCUUGUUAAGUGCACUUCAAGUGAUCUCAAGAAAUCCACCAAGAUCUCAAAAUGCGCGCUCUCGUGAUCGCUUUUGCUGUGGUUGCUGUUCUUAGCGUCGUCAGUGCUUAUCCGCCAAGCUUCGCACGCAUUCCUUAUGAGGAUCUUGUGGAUGAAGGCUCCAUAGAUGUCCUGUUCGAUGUGCCUCAGACUCACACUCGCCAGAAGAGAGCAACUUGCGAUCUUCUCAGUGCCUUUGGAGUCGGCCACGCCGCUUGUGCUGUUCACUGUAUUGGACACGGUUACCGAGGCGGAUGGUGCAAUUCGCGAGCUGUUUGCAAUUGCAGACGAUGAAAUCAAACAAUCUCUCUGUAAUUUCUCAAUUUAAGCAUCUUUAAAUAAAUCAAUAAUUUCAUCUUA